AUGAAGACAGUCUGCUGCACAAACUGCAAGCUCAAAAGACGCAAAUGCGACGAAACGAAACCCACAUGCGGUCGCUGCGGUAGCAAAAACGAACAAUGUCAAUGGGCUUCUCGCCUCACCUUCCGGGCCGAGAACGCUUUAGGUGUCGGACCAUCGUCGCUGCAUCGCCCAUCCGGACGCCCACCAGCGCGCUUUAAGAUUAAGGAUGUGACGGAGGAAGUUAUACGCGACUAUCGGCAUUAUGAUCCAGUGGACGACGUUGAUACACCAGAUCGAUUUGAUGAUCGGCAGACUCCCCCUUCUACUUCUACCACCAUAUCGCCUGCUACAGCCGACGAGCAGGUACCUCCGCAUCAUGCUCACACGUAUUGGACGUCAAACACGCCUUUCUCGGCUGCCGAGAAUACUCUAGUUACUCUCCAGUCGACCCAGUACGUUGCUUUACCCACUCCGGACGAUAUUGGAUCUAUCUGGCACAGUCCUGGCACCACUACGUACCUGGACGACAGCGUGUUUCUACCAGGUUCAGCGUAUCUCGAUGCGCAUUCCACAUUUCGGAGCCAUUUGAUACAGGAAGUGAGAUCUAAUGUGCCGACGAGAGAAGUUACACCGGAUGCUGUGCGUGUUGGACAGGGCUGGGAAGAGUCACAAGCAAACUAUGCGACAGAUGCAGCGAGGCACGUUACGGAAAGUUCUCUCGAUACCACUACCGUCGAUGAGUCAGAACCGACGAACGUCUCACCGCCUCAUCUGUCCGCGGAAGACGACUUCGAACUCUGGAAAAACUGGCUCGACGAAGUAGCACCCUGGAUCGAUAAAUUCGACCCAGAGCGCCACUUCCAACGCACACUACCCAUCAUGGCACGCUCACAUGAUCACUUGCGGUAUUCGAUGCUCGCUCUCUCGGCACGGCAAAUAGAGCGGAAGAACAACAGUAAACACACAUCACGCAGUCUAGCGCUCUACCAGACAGCCAUCCAGCUCGUCCUCCCACAACUACACACACGGAGCACGCCGGUGAUAGCAUCAUGCGUCGUGCUAUGCGUACUCGAGAUGCUGAGUAGCUCGGCGAAAGCGUGGCAUCAGCAUCUAGAUGGAUGUGCGCAUUUGCUGGAAGCUGUGGGGAUUAAUGGCUUCUCAGGCGGCGUUGAUCAAGCGCUGUUUUGGUGCUUUGCUCGUAUGGACGUCUGCGGCGGGCUUAUCGCAUCGUCUAAAACGCUCAUACCGGUAGAGCACUGGGCUUCUUCAGGAAUGGGUCUCGAUGCCGACGUGGAUCGCUUCCGUUCCGUUGGCGACUACAAUGUCUACGCGUGCGAAGCCGUGUAUCUCAUUGCUCAAAUCCUUGACCUACUGUCUUUCCAUUCAAACCUAGCCGGUCGCGUGGGCGCUACACCACGCUUACCCACAGACACAGAUGCCGCAUACACCGCACGCUGGACCCAACUCUGGCACCACAUCUCAACAUGGUACACCACGCGCCCCGCCGAGAUGCUCCCAAUCUCCUCCUUCACCCCACCCACCUCCCCCUUCCCGCGUCUCCUCUACAGCAACCCCGCCGCCAUGUCCGGCAACCAACUCCACCACACCGCCUGCAUUUUGAUGCUCCGCCACAAACCUCCCAACACUACCGUUACACCCAAGCCCAACUCCGUCUUCUGGCACGCAAGACAGAUCUGUGGAAUCUCGAUUAGCAAUGAUGAUCAUGCUGCUUGGACGAAUGCGAUUCAGCCGUUGUGGAUUGCGGGACAGUGGAUGAGCCAUGAGAGUGAGCAGAAGGCUAUUUUGCAACUGCUGGAGAAGAUUGAGAGACUUUCGGGGUGGAGUACGAAGUGGAGGGCGGAGGAUUUGAAGGAGUUUUGGGGGUAG